AUGUUUACAGCAAGGAGGAAGAUCCAGAAGGACAAUGGCGUGGAGCCAACUGAGUUUGAGGACACAGUUGCCCAGGCGUUCUUUGACCUCGAAAAUGGGAAUCAGGAGCUUAAGAGUGACUUGAAGGACCUUUACAUCAAUGGAGCCAUGCAGAUGGAUAUGGCUGGCAACAGGAAGGCUGUUAUCAUCCAUGUUCCAUACAGACUACAAAAAUCUUACAAGAAGAUUCAUGUGAGGCUUGUUCGGGAGCUUGAGAAGAAGUUCAGUGGGAAGGAUGUUGUUCUGGUUGCUACUCGAAGAAUAGUGAGGCCCCCAAAGAAAGGCUCAGCUAUUGUGCGCCCACGUAGCCGCACUCUUACCGCUGUUCAUGAUGGCAUUUUGGAGGACGUUGUGUAUCCAGCUGAGAUUGUUGGGAAGCGUAUUAGGUACCACAUAGAUGGUGCCAAAGUGUUGAAGGUCUUCCUGGAUCCAAAGGAGCGAACAAACACCGAGAAUAAGCUUGACACUUUCAGCUCGGUCUACCGGAGGCUCUGUGGGAAGGAGGUGGUGUUUGACUACCCUGUGGCCGAGAGCGCUUGA